AACAAUGUUUAUACCGUGAGUAAAUCAGUGUCCUUGUGGGGAAGUUCUAACCAUGGAAUAUACUUGACUUUCUUUGCUCUACAACCCGACUUUAUCCACAGAGGAUUUUUGCUGCAUUAUCUAAAACGAAGUCCUAUUCCCUAUGAGUGAAUCAUUCUGAACAGAAAUGUCCUUUUUACAUAUUUCAGUUUGUGCCAAAUGGGGAGGCGAGAGAUUACGGUGUUUGAUCCAAAGCAGAAACUUUACACUGUGUGUUUCAACCGGUUUAGAGUCCGAGCAGGAAGCAGCGAUAAUGAUGAGGUGUUGGGCGGGACACGGUGCUCAGUGGUUGCCGAUAGAACAUUGUACCUAUUGUUAGACACAAGUAAUAAUAAUAAUAAUUGAUUUCUCCCGUUUAUGUCAGUGUGUAGCGCGGACUAUUUUGGCUUUGCGGCCGUUAGUUUGACCAUGAAAUGUUGGCCGGAUCUUAAAAUUUAAAUCAGUCAAUGGCAGCAGAGUCUUUCUAUCAGCCGUUUAUAGCGAUUUGUUGAAGAAUAGAAGGGCGUGGCGCAGAUAAACUACACCCACAUCCUAAGUUCCCUGUCAGGUCCAACCUCAUGCUAUAUAAAGCUGAGUGCGCACAGACGGUUUAGUUAUUUGUGACAAACAACCGAUUAGAAUGUCUGGACGCGGCAAAGGAGGAAAAGGACUGGGGAAAGGAGGCGCCAAGCGGCACAGGAAGGUGCUCAGGGACAACAUCCAGGGCAUCACCAAGCCCGCCAUCCGCCGCCUGGCACGGAGAGGGGGAGUCAAGCGCAUCUCUGGCCUCAUCUACGAGGAGACUCGUGGGGUUCUCAAGGUUUUCCUGGAGAAUGUCAUCCGGGACGCCGUCACCUACACCGAGCACGCCAAGAGGAAGACCGUUACCGCCAUGGAUGUGGUGUACGCUCUCAAGCGCCAGGGCCGCACUCUCUACGGCUUCGGCGGAUAAAUCUCUUCCUUCCCACUAAUCUUAUACCCAAAGGCUCUUUUCAGAGCCGC